GGUCGCUGCAGUGCCGGGGGUUUGCAGGCUGAGAGGCUCUGCCGCACUUCCAGGACGCCUCACUUCCUGAAGGGCUGGAAGGGUGGGGCCGAGGAGGCCUGGAUCAGGCAUUGAUGGGGGGCUGUGAGGCUGCGAAGACUCCGUCCCUGCACUGCGGUGCCCUGUCUGGUUCUGGCAGCCAAGGCUGACGCCGAGGCGGUACAGCGUCCUCCAGGGUGAGAGCGCCAGCCCGGCCGCAGCAGCGGGCGCGGCAGAGGCGGCGGGAGGGGCGGCCUCCCGGAGCAGGGGCGGGAGCAGCACCCGCAGGGCCCGCGCCGCUGCGGGACUCAGAGCGGCCGCAGCCGGGUACCCGAGUGGGCGCCCCGCAGGCGUUCGGACCGAGUGUGGCCCAGGACGCAGAGGCGGCGCCACCCGCCCUGCUCCGGUCGCGAAAUCCAGAACUCCUUGGAGGAUUCAACGAGCUUCUUCCAGCUUUCCCCCCACCGCCCUCCGCCCCGGGCCACUUCCGACAGCUGGCAGCCUCUGGGAGCCCCGCGGAGCCGGCAGGUACGCGGGUGGCGGUGAAGCCCCGGAGCGGGUGUUGGAACAGCUGCGAAAACCACCCCCCAUCCCCCGCCCCCAGAGGAGCCAGCGGCGGGACUGCCGGGCGCCCGGAGUGAGGGUUAAUCAUUAACCCUCUGCUUCCCGGGGCCCCACUCAGCCCGGAGCUGCGUUCUGCCCCGGCUUCCCAGGGCCGGCCACCUGGCACCAUGCCCGGUCUGUACUGCCCGUCCAGCUGGACGCCGCUGCCCCUCACGGACUCCUGGGUCCGGGCCUGUGCCAACGGACCCUGCCUUAGCCUGCGGGCCCGGCUCACCUACCACAAUCCGCAGUCGCAGCCGGUGGACGGCGUGUUCGUGUACCCGCUGGCCGAGGCCGAAGUGGUAUCCGGCUUCGAGGCCGAGGCGGCGGGACGGCGCGUCUCCUUCCAGCUGCAGAGCCGGCGCCGCUCACAGGCCGCCUGCUGCCGCGCGCUGGGUCCCGGGUUGGGGGCCGCAACGCCCCGCCGCUGUGCGCAGGGUCAUCUCGUCCUGGAUCUGGCCCAGGCCCGGUCCACACUGGUGCUGCCCACAGGCCUCAUUGCCGCAGCCGGCACCAUGACAGUGACCCUGCGCAGCAGCCGGGAGCUGCCAUCAAGGCCCGAUGGGGUGCUGCACGUGGCCCUGCCCUCCGUGCUCACCCCACUGGCCCCACCAGGCCCCCCAGGGCCCCCUAGGUCUCCGGGGCUCUGUGACGACAGCCCCACCAGCUGCUUCGGGGUGGGCAGCCCUCAGGAGGAAGGGCUGGCCUCGGAGGAGCCAGCUGCCCCUCGGGACGUGUUCUUGGGCCCUGCCCGCUGCCCUGCCCCAUACACCUUCUCCUUCGAGAUGCUGGUGACCGGGCCAUGCCUGCUGGCAGGCCUGGAGAGUCCCUCCCAUGCCCUGAGGGCAGAUGCCCCUCCUCACGCCAGUUCUGCAGCCACCAUCUGUGUCACACUGGCAGAGGGUCACCGCUGCGACCGGGCCUUGGAGAUCCUGCUGCAUCCAAGUGAGCCCCACCAGCCACACCUGAUGCUGGAGGCCGGCAGCCUGAGCCCAGCAGAGUAUGAGGCCCGGGUGAGGGCCCGCCGGGACUUCCAGAGGCUGCAGCGCAGGGAUAGCGAUGGGGACCGGCAGGUGUGGUUCCUGCAGCGACGCUUCCACAAGGACAUCCUGCUGAACCCCGUGCUGGUUCUGAGCUUCUGCCCAGACCUGAGCUCCAAGCCCGGAUACUUAGGCAUGGCUACGCGGGAGCUCCUUUUCCUGUUGGACAGCAGCAGUGCUGCACACAAGGAUGCCAUUGUUUUGGCUGUGAAGUCUCUCCCGCCCCAGACACUCAUCAACCUGGCCACGUUUGGGACCUCAGUGCAGCCCCUCUUCCCAGGGAGCCGGCCUAGCAGUGAUGACACUGUGCAGCUGAUCUGUGAGAGCACUGAGGCCCUGCAGGCUGUGGAGGGCUCCCCAGACGUCCUGGCUGUGCUGGACUGGGCCUUGGGGCAGCCCCAGCACAAGGCCCACCCUCGGCAACUGUUCCUGCUCACAGCUGCCUCGCCCAUGGCCGCCACUACCCACCAAAUCCUGGAGCUUAUGAGAAGGCACAGGGGUGCAGCCAGGUGCUUCUCCUUUGGGCUGGGGCCCUCCUGCCAUCAGCUGCUCCAGGGUCUGUCUGCCCUCAGCAGGGGCCAGGCCUACUUCCCGAGGCCUGGGGAGAGGCUGCAGCCCCUGUUGGUGCAGGCUCUGCGGAAGGCACUGGAGCCUGCUUUGAGCGACAUCUCUGUGGACUGGUUUGUGCCUGAUGCUGUGGAGGCGCUGCUGACUCCCCGGGAGAUCCCAGCACUCUACCCUGGGGACCGCCUUCUCGGUUACUGCUCACUCUUCAGGGUGGAUGGCUUCCGGCCCCGCUCACCAGGGGGCCAGGAGCCUGGCUGGCAGAGCUUGGGUGGCUCUGUGUUCCCAUCCCCAGAGGAGGAACCAUCUGUCACCAGCCCUGGCACUGAGCCCACUGCCACCUCAGAGCCACUGGGAACAGGCACUGUGUCAGCACGUCUGUCCAGCCUAUGGGCUCCUGGGGACUCAGAACAGAGUACUGAGGCUCUAACAGACCCAGCUACAGACCCCGGACCCAACCCCUCCACUGACACAGCCAUAUGGCGCCGCAUCUUCCAGUCCUCAUACAUCCGGGAGCAGUAUGUGCUCACUCACUGCUCUGCCAGCCCUGAGCCAGGCCCAGGCUCCACCAGCAGCAGCGAGUCUCCUGGUUCCCAGGGCCCUGGCUCUCCAGAGAGCAGUGCUCCCCCGAAUCCCCCUUCUCAGCAGGGCUGCUGCAGCCUGGCUUGGGGAGAACCUACAGGCUCCCGCUCUUGCCCCCUGCCUGCACCCCUACCAGCUCCAUUCAAGGCUGGGGUCCUGAGUGCUGAGGUGCUGGGCCGUCGACGCAGAGCAGCACUGGCUGGCAGAAGCCUCUCGUCUCCCCCAGACCGGGCCAACCCAGGCCCUGGCCGCCCCUGGCAGCCCUCUCUGGGUGCAGCACCAGAAGGGCCAGGCCUCAAGCCAGGGCAACAGCUGGGACAGGGCCUGGAUGAGUCAGGAAACCUGCUCUCACCAGCCCCCAUGGACUGGGACAUGUUGAUGGAACCACCCUUCUUGUUCACGGCUGUGCCCCCCAAUGGGGAGUUGGCCCCCCCAGCGGUGCCACUGCCUCCCCAGGCGCCACGCUGCCAUGUGGUGAUCCGGGCCCUGUAUGGGGAACAACCUAUGUGCUGGGAAGUAGGUGUUGGGCUGGAGACACUGUGGGGUCUUGGGGAUGGCUCACAGCCUUCAAUACCCCCUGAAAAAGAGACUGCUUGGGACCAAGCACUCCACCGGCUGAUGGCAGCCUCUGUGGUCCGGGACAAUGAACAGCUAGCUCUCCGACGAGGGGCUGAGACCACAGCUAGCCAGGGCCAUGCCCGGAGAUUCUGGCUUCGAGCCCUUCAGACAAGCAAGGUCAGCUCUGCCCCCUCGUGCUUCACCUUCCCUGUAGCUGUGGAUGCUACCACUCGGGAGGCCCUGCCUACCGUCCUGCAGGUGCAGAGUUCAGAGCCAGCUGAUAUCCCAGGCACCCCUCCUGCUUCUCAGGGCUCUCUAGAUGCAGCCCUUUUGCCCACAGUCACCUACUCCAAAGGACCUCAGGGAGACUCUUCGGUAGAUGCCUGGGACUUCGGCCAAAAUGGCAACUCCAAGUCUGGGGCAGGGGACCUCGCAGCCCCCACCGAAAGUCCUCACCCCCCACCCCCCCACCCUCUCUCGAGGCUCAACCUGAGCCGCCGGAGGGUCAAGGGCUCGGAUAGCCACAGGCCCUGCAGCCCCAACAUGGCUCAGGCCCGUGAUGGCAACCUCGAAGGCAGCUACCAUGACUACCUGCCCUUGGUGCGCCUGCAGGAGGCACCCGGCUCUUUCCGCCUGGACGCGCCCUUCUGCGCAGCCGUGCGCAUCCCGCAGGAGCGCCUGUGCCGCGCCUCUCCCUUUUCUGCGCACCGCGCCAGCCUCAGCCCUACCUCGGCGUCCUCACCCUGGGCCCUACUGGGCUCUGCUGUGGGCCAGGGCGACAGCGCCACGGCCUCCUGCAGCCCGUCCCCCAGCACUGGCUCUGAGGGACCCGGCCAGGUGGACAGUGGGAGGGGCUCGGACACCGAGGGCUCCGAGGGGGCAGAAGGGCCCUGCGGCGCCGACCUGCGGGGCCGGACCUGGGCCACGGCCGUGGCGCUCGCGUGGCUGGAGCACCGAUGCGCCGCCGCCUUUGGCGAGUGGGAGCUGGCAGCAGCCAAGGCCGAUUGCUGGCUGCGGGCCCAGCAUCUGCCCGACGGCCUCGACCUGGCUGUCCUCAAGGCUGCAGCCCGUGGGCUCUUCCUGCUGCUGCGCCACUGGGACCAGAAUCUGCAGCUGCGUCUGCUGUGCUACAGCCCUGCCAAUGUGUGAGGGCCGCUGGCAACCAGGACUGUGGCCACUGCCCUCCCAACAGACUGUCACUGCCGCCCAGGGCCGGCCUCUCUUGGUGCUGGGAAGGGGUGGGCCAGUGUUGGCUGCCCCCUACUGCUUCUCACUCCCUUCCCAGAUUCCUGUGUCCCCCUUUCCUGAAUCUUCUGGCCCCUACAGAAAGUGCCUGCUUGUGCUCUCUCCCACCCCACGCCCCUCUCUCUUCCAAUUCCAUGCCAUGCAGCAGAAGGGGAGAGAGCCAGUCCCCAGAUCCUAUGCAAUAAAGUGCCUCUUAGGACUGUCUGAGCAAGUUAUCUGCGCCCUGCAUGCCCCACACACCUUGGCCCAGGCACCAGCUGCCCAUACCUCCAUGUAGGCUGCACAGAGGUGGACCUGGCAAGGUUUAUUGGGAAGGGCACAGAGUCCAUCCCUAUCCAGGGUUCUGAGAGUGUACUGGCGGGGAGGGGUGGAUUUCAGUGUGCUUUUUUGCUGUGCAGGAUGCUCUUGGGGAAAGGCUGGGGACCCAGCCAGAGCUGCAGCAAGAUGACGGCAUGGCAUAUAUGCAGGGCAGCAGAGCUGCAGGAUGUAGAAGGGUAUGUGUUCCAGGAGAGUUCGAUGAGCCCCAGCACCAGCAACCUGGGGAUGAGAAAUAGGUUCUAGUUCCUGGGCUGAACCCUGGACACAUUCCCCCAGCCCCUCCAAGGUCACAACCUUGGGAUGAGGAGCCCCCUAGCCCUGCCCACUCCCCCAGGUUGGCCCAGCUGGUACCUGAGCAGGUGUGUGAGCCAGCGUGCAGGCAUGGCCCACAGGAGGUAGGGCAGUGUGUGGAAAUACCAGACGUAGAACUGGUAGUGGAGGGAACGGCUGAAACAGAUGCCAAUGAAGUUGGAGGUGAAGAGGGCAGAAACAAUCUGUAUGUGGUGGUCAAGGCCAAGGGCAGCAGCUGAAGGGGCAGGAGGUUAUGGGAGGGGUCUAAAGCAGAGGACCCUUCCUAGCUACAUGCCUUUGGACAAGUUCCUUAAUCUCUCUGGACCUAUUCCCCAAUCUAAUAUGGAGACAGUAGUAUCUAGGGCCAUAAGGUCUAGUGAGGUUAAAUCUCUCACUUACUGGCUGUGUAAACUUGGCAAGUUACUUAAGCUCUUAAAGCUUUAAUUUUGUCUUCUAGAAAAGGGGGAUAAGAGUUCCUCCCUAUUUCAGGGUCUCUUGGGAGCUCUAAAUGUUAGAAUGUAUGUAAAUCUCUCAGCACAGACCUGUGAGCAUUUGAUAAUGGUAGCUAUUGUAAUUAUUAAUUUGUGGGAUAAUUAGAAUUAAGA